AUGACUUCAACAGAUAUUCAAAGUCUCUUCCAUAGAAUUGGAUUAAAAGUAACCUCCGAUCAAAUCAGAGAAAUUAUUAAGGGAGCACACGAAUCCUACUAUAGAAAGUCUGACAAUUCACUCCCUAAUGAUUCAAUCAAUUUUAAUGAAUUUGUUCAUCUCAUCAAUGAUAAACCACCAGCCAAUGUUUCUCGAGAGCAAUUAAUCACAGCCUUUAAAAUCCUCUCAGAGAAUGAGGAGGGAGAAACAGAGGGCUACAUGUCCGUUGAUGAAUUGGAGAGGUACCUCACUCAUUUUCACUACUGUACCGAGAAGCACUUUGAAGAGGAACAGGAAAUGAAUGAUGAAGAUGCCGAGUAUUUGGAAAAUAGUAAUGUUAAUACUUCCCUCAAUUUGAAGCAAGUUAAAAAGGCUCGGAAUUUCCUCACCGAUCCUCAAUAUGAUAUGAGACCUUUCACUAAGAAGGACUUUCACAAAUUGGUUGAUAUUUUAGAUCCCUAUUGUAGUGGACAUAUUAAUUAUUUGAAAUAUGUUAGCAUGAUGUAUGAUGGAUUAAUACAAGGUGAAGAAAUUUCCGAGAGUAAUAAUAAUAACACUAAUAACAACACUAAUAACACUAACAACACCAAUAUUCAUCACCACCAUAACCAUAAUGGAAAGUAAUUAUAUCACCUCCAUCUCUUUCAUUACUGAACAGCAACCUGUUGUCCUAACGGGCUUAUUGAAUAUAUUGUGAGAUACGAAUUCAGCAAGAAAUCAAAGAAGAAUAACCCUGAACUGGAUUGCAUCACAAUGAUGAAAAUACGUUAACUGAUAAUAAUUGUCCGUUUAACAACAUAAGAAGCAAGAAGAAUCUGCUUUAAGGUCACCUUAGUCUUUAUUAAGAAGAUAACAAGUAAAAAAACAAACAUCAUCACCAUUGCGUCGUUCAUCAUCAUUGCUUGGAAAAAUUGCUCUCAAGUCCUCUCUCACUGAUAGAAUAGAUAUGGAAAUAUAAGGACAAUU